AUGGGAGAGACGGAGACGGACGCCCUACUGGCGGUGGGCCUGAGCAAGUCCUUUAAAGGCUUCGUUGCCGUGGAUCGCUUGAACAUCGGGGUCCACCGCGGCGAGUGCUUCGGGUUGCUGGGCGUGAACGGGGCGGGGAAGACGACGACGAUUCAAAUGCUGACCGGAGCGGAGGUCAUUAACUCGGGCGGGUCGUGCAUCUUGGGAUAUAACCUUGGCGUGAAUCGCAGAAAGGUUGCAACAUUUUCAUUCACAUUUUCUCGUAUUAUGGUUUUGCGUGUGUCACUGCAGUACCUGUCUCAAGUGGGCUAUUGCCCUCAAGUCGAUCCUCUGGUGAAUGUGAUGACCGCAAAGGAGACCCUGCUGAUGUAUGCCCGACUUCGAGGUAUUCCGGAAUCCGUCGCUGAACAACACGUCGACUCUCUCAUUGACCAACUUGGACUAACAGAGUACAAGGACAAGUGCUGCGGGACAUACAGCGGAGGAAACAAGCGGAAACUGAGCACAGCCAUCGCCAUGGUGGGGGAGCCGCCUCUGCUGUUCCUGGACGAGCCGACCUUAGGCGUGGAUCCCGUCUCCAGGCGCAAGAUCUGGAAUGCCCUUGUUGACUGCACCAACAAUGGCCAGAGCAUCGUGCUCACCUCCCAUAGCAUGGAGGAAUGCGAGUACUUAUGUCACCGAGUCGGGAUCAUGGUGAACGGGCGGUUCCGCUGCCUGGGUAGCCCACAGUACCUUAAGGACAAGUACUGUCAGGGGUAUACCAUCAAGGUGAAGACGAGGAUGUCUGCGUCGGCGGAGAAGCUGGAAGAGCUCAAAGCUUUCCUCGUUCAAACCUUUGGAGGAUCCUUCCUUCGUGACGAAUAUAUAGGAAGGCUGAACUUCCUAGUGGAACGCCGGGAUGUGAACUGGGCCCAGCUCUUCUCGACUGUGAGGGAGAUAAAGACGAGAUUCGAAGACGUGGUCGAGGAUUCUCUCGUCGGGGAAACGAGUCUGGAGGAUGUUUUCCUUUCCUUCACCAGUAAGCAGGUCCAGCAGAGACCGUAGGUCAAGUGCCGACUCUGCCUUUGCUGCGGCAAGUCCCAGUGAUAACCGACUGCCAGAAAAAUUUUUCUUUGGACUUUUUACCUUUCUCAUUCGUCCGCCCUGGUAUUCUUAUUGCAUAAGGCAUGAUUUAAAAAUGCGUGGUCUGGCUCCGAUUUUGAAGCUGUGGCACCCUCCGGCAUGAAUUCAGAUUGAUGAAUAUAUGAUUAUUAUUAUUGUUAAAAUAGCAUUGAUUGCUACACGAAAUUGCACUUUGUUGUAUUUCACUGUCCGUUAGCGCUCUAGCGGCCAAAUGGCUAAAUCUUUAGUGGUGAUACUUUGCACUCGCAUUUCUUUGCCAUCCGAAGAUUCAUCAUUUCUUGGAAUAAACUUAUUCCCCAACGCACUAUUUCGCCCAUUUUUUGGGAGAAAACUCAAUUUCUUAAGGGAAAAUAAA